AUGUGGACUGAAAUCAAAAAGAAGAUAAAUGAAGCAAUGCCUAAGCAGAAAGUAAAGAUAAGGAAAUGGGGCAUGGGGGAGAAAGUGUUGUACGACAAGGAGUGGAAAGAAAGGAAAAGAGAGAUGAGAAGGAAGAUGACAAAGUUUAUGAAAGGAAAAUGCAGCAGAGAAGCGCUCACAGAGGAAAAAAGCCAUUCAAGCAGUGGUGGGAGGGAUACUCCAGUACCGGCGCAGCCGUGGGUAGUGAAGUGGGCCCCACUGCGUCGACAUCUCGCGACCACGGCCGUUCGAGGCCAGGCCCCCGGACGUGUUUCUACGCCUGGCGAUGGAACAGGAGACAGGAGGAGGACAACAGGAGGACAACCGGAGGACAAACGGGAGGACAACAGGAUGGAAACGGCGGAGGAAUCUCCGAGGAGGGUGACAAGACGCUCGCUAAGAGCCGCGGACAGGCCGGAGGGCGUCUUUCUCACACCAGCGAGGCUGGACGAUGGCACGUCACCGAUGGCAGGAGGAUCACGGGCGCGAGCGAGGUCCGACGACGAGGAUCCGACCGCCUCGAUCACCUCGCGCUCGGCUUCGGCGGCAUCCAGGGGGAAGAAGAGGAGAAUAGCAGCCACAACUCCGGAGGUGUCCGAAGAAUUAGAGGCGGAGAUGAGGACGAGCUCCCCGGCAGACAUCAGCGCGGGCCUGACGAUGCACGUGUCCGAAAUAAUGUACGUCGCGACGACGUCCUCAAACCUCAAGGGGACCUACAUUAGAUCCCUGAAGAACGCGGCGAGUUACAUCACCGCCGCCUGGAACACGGAAUUCUCGAGGAGGACGAGACCAGCGCGAGGCACCGACGACGUAGACACGAGGCUGUCCGUGCUGGAAAAGGAGAACGCAGCCCUCCGCCAGGAACUAAGGAGACUGGCUGCUCGAGUCCGCGAAUGCCCGCGAUGCGCCAACGCGACGCCCGAAUACGACCGUCCUCCACGAGAAGAUGGAAACGACAGGACACGCCUAGACGCCCUAGAAAGAGUAGUUCGAGAACUGGGAUCCUCCAUUCUUAGGACCAUAGAGGAACGAUUCGGGGACACGCGAUGGCAACACCCCCCCGAAGCACGACCGAGCAAGGACCACUCCGUCGAUCCCCGCGCCGCCCAACCGACGUCGCCCCCAAGGGAACAGGAGGAUGGGGGCUGGGAACUGGCGGAAACAAAAAAGAAAAGAAGGAGAAGGAGGAAGGCGAACGGGACAAGGACAACCGUCGCCGCCGAAGGAGAGGCGGCAAGAAGAGGACCGACCGCGCCACCACCGACGCGGGCACGGCAGCAACAGCCCCAGCCCGGCAGGACGGCAGGCGCACCGAAACAGAGUGCCCCCGCAACGCAGAAAGGACCACUGAAGACACCCAAGGUGGCCACGCCCCCUCGCGCACCGCGAACAUCCGCGGUGACCCUGACGCUGAACGAGGGAGCGAGGAUGUCGUACGCCGACGUCCUGGAAGCGGCCAGAACAAGGACCCCGCUUUCGGAGCUCGGAAUGGAACGUCUAGAAAUGAAAAAGGCGAUGACGGGGGCCAUCAUAAUCAAAGUCCCUGGAGACAAGGACAGAGGAAAGGCGACGCUACUGGCGACGCGUCUGGCCGAGGCGCUGGACCCGACGCCGGUGAGAAUCGCCACUCCAACCAGGAUGGCGGAGCUACGAGUGACCGGGAUAGACAUCUCGGUCAAGAGGGAGGAGCUGCAGGAAGCACUGGCCUCGGCGGCAGGAUGCGGCAGCGCGGAGGUACAGGUGGGCGAGAUCGGCGCCACCAAAGGCGGCCUCGGGACGGCAUGGAUCAAGUGUCCGGCAGCAAGAGCCCGCAAGCUGGCCCAGGCAGAGGAGAUAGCUAUCGGCUGGUCAACCGCGAGGAUAAAGGCCAUCCCGAAGCGGCCGUUGCAGUGCUUCAGGUGCCUGGAACUGGGACACGUACGCGCCACCUGCGUAUCCAGCGAAGACCGAGGGCACCUGUGCUACAGGUCGAGAAGGGCGCAAGAUCUGUUCCUUCAGACCAUCCGGGAGAACGAGGUCGCCCUGGCGGCGGUGGCCGAACCACAUCGCAUUCCCGACUCGCCCAACUGGGUCGGGGACCUGGACGGAUCCGCAGGGAUAACGUGGACGGCAGCCCCGGGCGUCCUGCUGGACCGUGGCAGCGGCUUCGUCGCGGACGAGUGGUAG